AGUCUUGCGUCAAGAGGAACGGAAAUGCACCCGAGUGCGCAUGCGGGGUAGUAUGGGGUAUAUCACUCCUCCAUACCAGGAGAAGCCGUUUACAGGCGUCCUUUUUCUUCUCCAUUCAAGCUAUACUCAUACCCGCAGCGUACGAGUAUCCUUAGCUACAGAUAUAGGCCCCAAACUAAUCCACCAUGGCCCCAACAACCCUAUCCGACAUCCAACAAACACCUCUUCCCACACCUACAAAACAGCUCAACCCAACCGCAUCCGACACAGACGCAAACACACGCACUCGUCCAAACAACCCCUCGCAAGUCCAAGUCCUCGGCAAGACAAAGUCAGGCAAGACCCUCAAGGUCCGCAGCUACCCGGUCUUCGACAACCUCGAGGAUGAGCGCCUCUACCGCAAGCAGCACCUCGCCGCUGCGUUCCGCGUCUUUGCCGAUAGAGGAUUCGACGAAGGUGUUGCGGGGCACAUCUCGGUGCGAGAUCCGAUUUUGACGGAUCAUUUUUGGAUAAACCCGCUCUCCGCCCACUUCUCGCUAAUAAAAGUCUCGGACCUAAUCCUCGUCGACGAAUCCGGCACCGUCGUCGAAGGCAACGAGCCCAUCAACCUCCCGGCCUUUGCAAUCCACAGCGAAAUCCACAAAGCCCGACCAGACGUGAACGCCGCCUGUCACGCACACAGCGUCGCGGGCAAAGCCUUUGCAUGUUUCGGUCGUGAGCUCGAAAUGCUCACGCAGGACUCGCUGCGUUUCUACAAAUCCCACGCCGUCUACCGCGAGUUCCGCGGGGUGAUUACGGACGGCGAGGAGGGGCGACGCAUCGCCGCUGCGCUGGGGAAUGGGAAGGCGGCGAUUUUGCAGAAUCAUGGGCUGUUGACCGUCGGUGGGAGUGUGGAUGAGGCGGCGUUUUGGUUUAUCAGUCUUGAUAAGACGUGUCAGGCGCAGCUGCUGGCGGAUGCGGCGGCCGCCGGUGGGUAUAAGAAGAUUAUUAUUGAUGAUGACGAGGCGGCGUAUACGGCUACUCAGGUUGGGGGGCCUGAGAAGGGGUGGUUGGCUUUCCAGCCGUAUUAUGACGAGCAGCUUGCGAAGACGAAGGGGGAGUUUUUGCUGUAAAUAUUGAUAUCAGUUGGCUAUGAUCCUAAAGAGACAGAUGG